UGCUCACUCAGCACUCUAACCUGCUAAAUGUCUACAGAGGGAAGGUAUAUUUGCAUGAACUUGACUCUGCUGUUGGUGUUAGAUCUUCAUUGUUAUAGGAAUACAAACUGUGUUAUUUUUCCAAUGACGUCAGUAGGUUAAUUGCUUCUCCAGAAUGUCGUACAAAAAUCAGUUUCCAGCCAAUGUCACUGGUGAGCAGCAGUAUCAGGGAUUACUGGAGAGAGUGUUGUUUUCCACUCUGACCACAGUACCGUGCUGUGUGUUUCUCUUCAUUAAUGGGACCAUGUUAUUCACCCUGAGGAGUAAAUCUGUGUUUCGUGAGACCUCUCGUUACAUUCUUCUGUUUAACCUCCUUUUUGCAGACACUGUACAGUUGGCACUGAGUCAGUUAAUGUACCUAACUGCUGCUAGCAGAGUGACACUGACAUAUCCUGUGUGUGGUUUUCUCAACAUGGUUGGUGAUUUGUCAAAUGAAGUCUCCCCUCUCACACUGGUGGUGAUGUCUCUGGAGAGAUAUGUAGCUGUGUGCUACCCACUGAGGCACGCUACCAUCAUCACUAUCAGAAACACAGCAGUGGCUAUCAUUGUGGUUUGGACCUUCAGUUCCCUAAAUGUCCUCAUUCGAGUUCUUUUGCUGUUAGAUUUUCCAUUUUCAGACCUGGACACUCUGCAGAUGAGGGACUUUUGCUCUGACCUAGCAAUGCUUCUUGGCCCAAUGUCUGAUAUUUAUGACAAAGCAUACACUUGCUUUCUGUUUCUAUCAGCUGGUGUUGCAGUUAUUUCUUCCUAUAUUGGUGUGGUGAUAGCAGCCAGGUCAGCCUCCACAGACAAAGCUUCAGCCAGUAAGGCUCGUAACACACUGCUGCUGCAUCUGGUACAGCUGGGCCUCAGUCUCUCUUCAACCAUUUACAGCCCAAUGCUCAUAGCUCUUUCAAGAAUUGUAACAAGGAUAGUGCUUGUGCGCGUCCAGAAUGUUUUGUACGUGUGUGUUUUUAUCUUCCCCAGAUGUCUGAGCUCUCUCAUUUAUGGCAUAAGAGAUCAGACCAUCAGACCCGUCCUCAUGUACCACCUCUGCUGUCGACUAAAACGCUCCGUCGUUACAGCAAAGGCUGCGAAGUAAAGCUUUGUCAAGGUUUUCAGGGAGGCCUUCAUUAGUCACAAUAUCUGGCUUCAGUGGUGAAGCAAGACUGAAAUUUAAAUCACAGUUUCAUAAUUUUGAAAACAACAAAGGUCAGUAUUGCUUGAAAUGUCCUGAAAGAAUCCUGUUUUUUAAAUGAUUACACACACACACACACACAAAUAUAUAUAUAUAUAUAUAUAUAUAUAUAUACACCUACAACCAGCAACAGAUUUGAAAAUGAUGUCAGUUUGUUUAAGUUGCUUUGAUUUUACUUUCUCCUAAAAUGUUCUAACAUGUAGUUCUACCAUGUAUUAUUGUGGGUAAAAUGCUUCAGCAGGGGACACUUUAUGCCUUUACUCGGUAGAUAGCAGUAGAGAAAGAUUAGAGGAACUGAAGAGUAAGAGAUAUUUAACAAAGAUGUUGUGGGCACCGACAUUCAUUUGGAUUUUUAUCAUUUUGAUGUGAUUAUAUACUGAAUGGUGUGUUGUAUAAUAAUGAAAUUGAUUAAAAUCAUAUGGUUCAUAAAUGUAAUUGUUGAUAAUAAAUUGAUUAUUAUCUAGUCAGACAUAAAAUGCAUCUUGUCCCUCUGCUGCACCCAUCUGCCCUGCUGAUAAGAGCCUUCUGAACUCUACACACCGAUCUAUUCAACUUAUUCUUCUUUGUCUGCUGUUAAAUUACAUUUUAGAUGUUCUGGUAAAGGAAAAGCGAUGUUGCAAAUGUGAGAAUAUUAGAUUAUUAAAGGAUUUUUAAAUUACA